AAAGGUACCGCUCUUGCUUUCCAAAUUCCCGAUCUGAUUGAUUUUGCUUGUAGAUCCAUUGUUGCAGACUUGCAGUUCGAUCCUCCAUUCUUGAGCUUGAGAAUUUCUAGAUUUGAUUGCGAGAAGGCAUGUCAAGGAGAGCAGUGAAUCCCUCUCGGCGACUUGCCGACGGUGGAAGUCUUCCAUUUGUUGGGGUAUUCCCGCAAAAGUCACGAACUUCGCCAUUAUUAUCGGUUGGACUCGUCGUUUUGGGCGGCUUUCUUCUGAUUGCCUAUUCCUUUGCUGGUUCAGGUGGACUUGGCAGUGUGAGAGUAGCUUCCAAUAUUGGUGAAGGUCUUUUAUGCACAUCAGAAGUUCAACAAGCAAUUCCCAUUCUGAAGAAAGCAUAUGUUGAUAGCAUGCAGAAAGUUUUACAUGUUGGACCAGACACAUGUUCGGUGGUUUCUAAUUUGUUGAAAGAAGAUGGCAUCGAAGCCUGGGGUGUUGAACCGUAUGAUUUAGAGGAUGCUGAUGCUACCUGCAAGAACCUUGUCCGCAAGGGAAUUGUACGUGUAGCUGAUAUCAAGUUUCCCUUACCCUAUAAGUCCAAGUCAUUUUCUAUGGUCAUAGUUUCUGAUGCUUUGGAUUAUUUGUCACCAAAGUACCUAAAUAAGACCCUUCCAGAUCUGGCAAGGGUAUCGGCAGAUGGUCUGGUUAUCUUUGCAGGGUUUCCAGGUCAACGGAGAGCUAAACUUUCUGAGUUGUCUAAGUUUGGAAAGCCGGCGAAAUUCAGGAGCUCGUCCUGGUGGAUAAGAUAUUUUGUUCAGACUGGUUUGGAGGAGAAUGAAGCUGCCAUGAAAAAAUUUGAGCAGGCUGCCAACAAGAAUUCUUACAAACCAAGCUGCCAAGUAUUUCACCUCACCUCAUCACAAUGAUCUGGCCAUCUCCUGGUUCAUUUAAUGUUAUAAAAGCUAGCUGCUGCUGCCGCCGCCGCCGCCUCCUUAAUCUGCAUCUUUCCUUUAACCUUAUUCAAGUUUAAAAGCUUUCCUUCUCAGAUGAAUUUUCCGUCGUCCGUAAUUUUUAGAUUUAUAUGCAAUUGUUUAAUAUUGGUGGAGAAGAAUAUACCCACUUGUACCACAAUGCAAAGAAUUUUGUGUUCAAUGGAAAUUUGUUGUACUGAAAACCAAGACAAAGUUGUUAUUCUUUA